AUGGAUGUGGCCGAAGAGACCGUGAAGAAAGUCCAGCAGUUUGUUAACAAUCGCCAGGAUGCAGAGGCUGAGUACGCCAAAGAGCCUCUCAGCGCAACGACUCUGCAAGCCUAUACUCGAAGGCUAGAUGCGACGCUGCAAUCACUGCAAGAGCAAGUUCGACGCCAAGAAACAGAACUAAAUAGGCUGCGGGAGUCCAACUCGCUUGAAGUCUCCAAUGCAGACACAGAUCCCUGGGAACGCGUCUCACAAGCGCGCAGAGCCAAAAAGGCGUAUGAUUCACUGCUGCAGUCCGAGGAUAAACUUCCCGACGCGCAGUCACCGCUUCCCUCGCUACUGGCCAUUGGAGAGACCACCCAGCUCAUCAAGGACAGCAAGGUCUCAGUCCGAAUGACAGCCGAGAAACUGUCUACUGACCGUGAGCGCCUGCGCAUCGAGGACGCGAAUCUGCGCGACUCUCGCUCAAUAGCCAGCGGGCUGCGUGAGCGGAUCGAGCGAAUCCGCGACGACAAUGCGCGGAAGGAAGAACAGACGCCGUCGCAGGUGGCUCGGGAGCAAGUCGCGCAGCAGAAAAAGAAGAACAAGCAGCUCGACCGCGCGUCGAGUGAACUCAAGGUCUCGCUGGAUAAAUUCGUGGACGAAACGCUUGCGCCCAUGCUCGCCGCUGAGGAGCUUGGUGGACCGACAGUCGGCGAUGCCCUGGAAGUGUCGGAUGCUACUCUGCGAGCGGGAUAUACGGCACACGGGAAGCCGAAGAAACCAAAGCAGUCGGCCGAGGAAGAGGAUGGCGGGCAGCAACGGAUCGAUCAGUUUGUGCGCCGCAGCACAACCAAUGGAGACCACGAUGCUCCUCCCACGAACAAACGGCAGGCAGCAGCCACAGAAAUGCAUUCUCUACUUGACGCGCUGCUGGAAAGCGGCUUCUCCUAUGUCGAUGUCCCGCGCGACUCGGCCACCUCCAGGUUUUUGGUGAGGGCUAAAGUGGCCCAAUUCCAUCCACGGGAUGCACGACGCCUGCGGUUGAUCGAUUUUGGGCGCUCGCUUGGAGAUUGA